AUAUGAAGUACUUAGCCACCAAUAUGUGUAUGUUCAUAAUAUUUGCCAACGUAAAAACAUGCCGAUACUUUGCCGUAGUAGUAGCAGUGAGCUACAAAACAACAUUUUGGACAUAUCAUUGUUUGGGGUCUCGCUAGAUAUUUUCGCUUUAGACAUGAUGUAACUUAAUAUGUAUUUUUUACUGUGAUCAAGAUGCCUCGAAAUUGGCGAAAAUUAAAUUCGGUGUGUUUAAUUUUGAUGCUAGUGUUAUUGUUAUUUUUACUUUCAAAUAAAAGAAAAAAAUAUGAUGUUAGAAACGAUGUUUUACCAGUCUUGGUGAUGAUGAUGACAUGCGAUAGAACGUAUUACUUAAAGCGAUGUCUGGAGAGUUUGGUCAGAUAUAGGCCAGACAGUAGCAUUUAUCCUAUAAUUGUGAGUCAAGACUGCUGCCACGAAGAAACGCUCCAAAUAAUUAAAUCUUUUGCAGACAUCGAUCCUACUAUCACGUUCAUCGAGCAGCCAGCAGAUCAAUCAGAUAUUCUGGGACAUAAUGCCGCAGCUCACUUAAAGGGUUAUUACAAGAUCGCUCGACGUUACAGGUUUGCUCUUAACCACGUCUUCAGAACGCUACAACACAAGGCUGUCAUAGUUCUAGAAGAUAACUUGGACAUUUCACCCGAUUUCUACGAAUAUUUCCGCGGCACUUAUCCACUAUUGUACCAAGAUCCCACCAUCUGGUGCGUGUCAGCAUGGAAUGAUAAUUGCAAGAAGGACCUGGUGGAUAUUAAGGAAACGGAGCUGCUACAUCGCACGGACUUCUUUCCAGGCUUGGGCUGGAUGGUAUUAUCUAAAACAUGGGAAGAGCUAGAACUGAAUUGGCCGGAAGCUUACUUAAUCGACGACUGGCUACGCGUUCCAGCCAUCUCCCGUGGCCGCGUUUGCAUCAGACCAGAAAUAUCCAGGACUUUUAAAUUCGGAAGGGUCGGAGUUAGCAAUCCGUACCUCUUUGACCGACAUCUUCGCCAUAUGGUUGUCAACAAAGAUUUCAUACCUUUCACUAAGUACAACCUUUCUUACUUGCUGAAGAAAAAUGAGCACAUGUUUUUUUCCUUCGUAUAUUCGCUACCGGAAGCCACAGAUGAAGAAGUAAUGGCAGGUACCCUUAACAGCAGUUUAAAAUUUAUCCAGGUACCUUUUACGAAUAUUAACAAUUUCAGGAAAUCAGCGGCGAUGUUUGGUUUGAUGGAUGACCUGAGACACGGUGUACCACGUACGGGGCUACGCGGGGUUGUGCAAUGCUUUAUCAAAGGCCGCCGCGUGUUCCUCGUUCCUAAAAUAAAAAUUGUCCAGAGUAGUGUUUUGCCGGUAUUAAAUUACCAGGAAUUUUAUUAAUUUAAUAAAUAAAAUUAUGUAAAUAUUUAUGACGUUUA